AUGGCCUCCACCGACUCCAAGUCCCAGGUCUGCCCCGUCGUCGGCACGACCAACUCGGUCCUGCCGCCCGACCACCCGGACGUCGACCUCUCCAAGUCGGGCCAGACCUGCCCCGUCGUCGGCGCCUCGACCGACCACCACCACAACCUGCACAAGCACCCGCAGGUGCCCCACCCGCUCGCCGCCACCACCUCGGGCGGCACGGCGCCGGACGCCCAGGCCUGCCCGGCGCUGCGCAAGGCCGUCGGCGAGCCCAAGAGCCGCCAGAUGGACGACGAGAUCUGCCCCGUCGUCGGCACCGCCACCACCGUCCUCCCUCCCGACCACCCGAGCACCGAGGGCAAGGGCGACGAGGCCGAGUGCCCCGUCACCAAGGCCCGCGUCGGCCACCACAAGGGCAAGGUCUCGGGGCACCCCGACGUCAGCCAUGCCAAGGAGGGGGCUGUCUGCCCUGUCGUCGGGACCAGGGCAUGA